CGACCUCUCCAGUUGAAAACUGUGCUGUGAGCUUUAACGUUGUGUGCGGUGUUGCGUUUGACUUUCUGCAAGAAUCUAACAAUAAUUCGUUAAUAAAAUUGUUCAAUUAAAUUUUAUGUCAAAACGUACAAUAUAUAAAAUGAUUCUUCAUUUUUUAAUUCGCUUUCUUGUGCUUCAACAAUUUGGCGUUUUUUGUUGCUUUGCCAUUAGUCAAUAUGACAGCUAUGAAGAUCUAACUUCAAGCACCUAUAGAAAUAAUAUUUACACAAAUACUUUGCUGUGCAUGGACAUAAAGCCUCAACAUUCCGUGGAUAUCGAACAAAUCACUGGAUUGUGGUAUGGCAACGAGAUCAUCGUUCAUACGCAGGAUAUACCAGGUACAUACCAGUAUGACAGUUGCGUAAUAGUACAUCUGAAUGACAUAACAGACCAAAUGCGAAAUUAUUACAAUAACCACCAGCAAUCUCAGCUAUACAAUCAGCGACGAACACAAAGCGCCAAACUGCAGCAGCAACAACAUCAAGUUCAGUCUCAAUACUCAUACGAUGAUCACUCGUCAGCCAAAUACUUGCGAUUGAUUUGGAGUGAGAGUGAUAAUAACCUGGAAUAUAUGUUUAAUUAUACGGAGAAAAGACCGGGCCUAUGGACUAAUAUUGGAGAACAGCGUGGUUCACUAGUAGCGCUCAAUUCAUAUAAACAAUUCACAGGCACUGUACAGGUGGUGAAAGCUGUUAGUGAUCAUUUGGUACUAACAUUUUGCGGUAACGAUAUGCAGAGUUCUAUCUACACUCUUGUUCUAAGUCGAACCCAAAGAGGACUCAGCUUAGAGGAAUUGCGAGGUAUUCGUGGUUUAUUAACCAGGCGUGGCUUAUACACGGAAACGAUUCGAAAAGUUUGCGGUUCAGGGGCUGCGAGUACGAGGACCAUGAGCGGCUUCUUAUUGACAUUGUUUGGAUUUUUAGCCAUUACUAAAAUGUAUUUCUAAGAAUUACUGAAAUUAAUAACUGCAUUCGAAGUUAUUUCCAGUAUGAAAUUUAUACUAAUUCUAUAAGCAUAAGUUAAUGUUAAAUUUUUUUACAAUUUGUACAGUAUACUGGUUUGGAAAUUACGAAACAACUUUAUUAUACUAUAUUUACCAUAUUUUAAAAGAACCACCACAUAUGUAUGUACAAAUGUUAUAUAAAUGAACAAAAACCAUAAGUUGAAAUUGUGUCCAAUUAAAUUAAAUUCAAUUAAAUUAGUCAUCACAAACUCCAGUGUCAGAGUGAAGAACGAUGAGAAAGCGGUGUACAUACAUAUAUGUGUAGCAUACAUGUACAUACACAUGGGUAAAUACAUAACUACGCAUGUAGGCGUAUGUUGCGUCUAAUUAAAUUAUUUGUGUUACUAAUUAAGUUAAAAUUACAAAAACAAAAAAAAAAUAGACAAAUAAAAAGUCGCGGAAAUUUAGUCUAAGAUUGGAUAAACGUUCAGAGCCAUUAAGUAAAGUAAACAAUAAUUUCCUCUUACGUAACCGAUGCGUCGUACAAUGAAGUUUGAAUGAAGCUUAAUUACAUAUAGUCUGAGACAGCAUGACUUCCAACGAUUGCGAAAUUUGUGAAAUAAUAAUAAGCAGAAUUUAGCAAUGAACUGCAGCGGUUAGAAACUCAAAGUGAUAAAUAUUUUAUUCCAAAAGCAAUUUUGAAAUUUCCGAUUUGUUUUUUUUUUUCUUUCGCCGUGUCCAUGUGGUUGUCAGUUCAGAAUGAAACAAGGGGAACUCAUUAUUGGUUUUCUAGUUUCCCAAUACUUUGCUUUGACAAUCAAACGUACAGAGGUCACCUCCAUUAAUAAUGCGCCUUGAUUUGUAUGAAUAUGUCUUAUAAAUUUCGAAUAUUUUCACUUUCCUUACCAAUAAAUUCAAUUUUCAACGCACUCAUA